UCGGCAGUAAACAGCUGGCGGCGCUCUGCGUCGGAGGCAAACGUCGAACGGGACUGUGCGAAACCGCUCGCCCAUCCCCCUCCCUUCCCCUCGCUCGUCCGGCUGUCCUCUCGACGAGACGCAACUUGGACGCGACGCGACACUCGGCUGCUGCUCGCUCGGCUGCCCUACGGUGCGUCAUUGUCGUGUAUUCGGGCGUGAACGGAACCGAGCGUCCGCGACACUCGGCCGUAGUCGUCAACGGAGAGCGGCGGAGUACGCCACAACGUCGUGGAAAAGCCGCGGGGAAAGCGGAGUCUCUUUGUUCCGCGCGACGACGGUUCUGCGCAUAGCUGCUGGCGCGCGCGGCGCAGCAUUGUUUGUGUUGCAUCGCGCUUCGCUACUCGGUCGGUUUCGGUGCUUCUCGCUGUCCGGGUAUUCGAGAGCACUGGCCGUGGUGCAUUGUCCGACGGUGCGUGCGGAAGUUCCCCGAGGAAGUCGCGCACGACAAAUCCCGCCCGCGACAUCGCACGACGUCGUGACGAGCGUCCUCACGAGCACUGUAUUCUGUGUCGUUCUUCUCGAGACAAGAAGCGAGCAAGAAAGAAACGGAUAAGAGAGGAGAGAGAGAGAGAGAGACAGCAAGUGAGUGGUGGAGCGAAAGAGAGAGAGAGAGCGCGCGUGACGAACGUGGCGGUGGCGUAACGCGGCGCGCGAGUGCUUUGUUUUGCCGAGCAGCUGAUCCGAGCAGCUACGCGACGGUAGACGACGCGUCGGCGUUAUCUUCACGGCGUCAAACGUAACACAAUCAUUCUCGUGCGAGGUCGCGCGUGUACGCGGCGCGUUUUCACAACCGCGAUUGCCGAAAGACCCCGUUACGCGCGGGGAGGGGGUGGCCACACAGUCCAACCCCACAGUCGACGCCUGCACGAGGCGCUCCGAAACGUCAUCGUAUCGCCAGGGCCCCGUCGACCGAUUGGUUCGUGACGUGAAAACACACAGCAGGCGAGCAGCUGGCCGCACCGUUCCUCGAAUCGAUCGAUGACUCUCCCCGCUGUCAGGGGUAUUUCCGUGAGGUUGAACGCGAGAACCUCGAGCGCGAUCGAUCGCAGUGAUCGCGAAUAACUCGCGCGGGGAUCGCCGCACUUCGUGCUCAAGAAGGACCUACCAGAGGAGGGCGAACGAGUUUCGUCAACACACACAAGGUUGAAACUUCCCGUGCUAUAUUCGGCCGAACUUCCACCGCACGUUCCGCAGCGGAGUGAGCUCGGUGACGUAAACUUGGUGCGUGUGCGCGAAUGUGUGUGCGUACGAUAGUGUGCACCGGGACUCGCGUUGCGUGGAGAGCCGCGUUAUGACAUAAGGCAACACGAUCGACCGUCGUCGUCCACUGCGAGUGCAAGCACAAGAGAGAGACAGAGAUAGAACGAGUGGCCGUGAACGCGCUCGAUCGCGCGAACGAGCCAGUAAUCCGACGACGUCUCGUUAUUCGUCCCCGCUGGAUCGCGGAUCGAUCCUUCGCGUGGGCUCGCGUGGAACAAAGAAAACGAGCUCGCGGCAACGCGGGGGAAGACAGUGGACGUUCCAGUUUUCCUCUCGACGAUCCGAGCGGCCGACAGUCGUCCCGACGACGCUGAGGACCCCUCCGUGCCGUCGUCGGCAUACUCGACAAAGAAGAGGAAGAAGAAGAGAUACCUGGAUGAGACCCCGUGACUACGCGUCUCUCACGUAGCAGAGCGCCGUUCCCGUCGCGGCCACCGACGUCGGGGAUCGCGUUGAUCGAUGCGGCAUAGACCCGAGGGGGCCGUACUCGCGAGCGACCGGGAACGUGGGGUACGGCCCCGGUCGAGCUGACUGCUAGGGGAAGCGUCGAGGCGAGGGCCCGUUAUCGCUGCUGUCGUCGGGGCCCUCGGCGAAGGGAGGGACCCGUGACGGCGGAUGCCGGGGCUGUCGUAGCAGUUUUACCCUCCCCCUCGUCGUCGUCGUCGUCGGCGCCUUGGGCGCUCCACCGGCUAUAAGAUGCUGUAUAUAUUCCAUGUUGAUACCGGCACGACCAUCACCUUCGACAUCAAGCUGGCCCUGCAGAGUGUCGCCCAUCUAAAGGAGGCGAUCGAGAGGGAAUGCGGGGUGGUGGCGGCGCAUCAGGUGCUGCUGAUGAGCGGAGGCGAAAGCCUGGAACCAAACGCGCGUGUGUGCUCCUACUCGGCUGGGACCGACACGAAUCCGAUUUAUCUGUUCAGCAAGAGCGCCAUUGAGAGCCCCCUGCCGCCCACUCCGAGUAUAGAUUACGGUUCUGAUGUCGACCUCCAGAGCCAGAUCGAAAGUUCGUUGUCGAUGCCGGCUACUUAUCAGACUCUUGUCUCUCGCGCCUGCCUAGCUCAGCAAUGCUGCAGUUUAGCUCGAGAGCAGACGAGGAUCUGCGAAAGGCUAGUCCACGAUCAACACCUUCAGCAGCAGGGAUGGGCUGCGGUGGUUGCAAACCUCGAAGACAUCACGCAAAUGUUCCAAUCGCGAGCUGAUCAAUUUCAGCAUAGCUUCGCCCUCUAUCUCGCCGAGAGGCAGCAACACAUGGAGCUGCUCGACAACUUCAGCACCGAUCUUGGUACGCUGGCGAAAAUCCCGAUUUUGCCGGCAUUGAGGGCCCAUGCCGAAGGCUUUUUGAAUCCGGACGACCAGCCCAGUGAAUCCUCUGAGCCCACGUUAUCUGAAGGCACGGAAGAGGUACUGAGCCUGCUCCGUUGGAUCUCGGCAAAGGACAAUCAGAGCAGUCUGGAACAAGUGGCAGAUCAAUGCUCGCGUGGCUUGGAGCAGUUUGACGAGCGGGUGAUGCAGAGCCUCAAGACGGAGGUGAACGCGGCCAUUGACAACGCUAAUAAGCAGGAUAUGAAGGAAAUCAAGGGCCUCGGCGAGAGGCUGUUCGCGCUGGAACAAUUGAUGGUGCAGACUAAGAGGCUCGUCCUCGAACAAGGCGAACUGGCACAGGGUUUCGUGCAGAAUCAGAAUCGCGCAAGUAAUCUUGGCGAUGCCAGUGUCUUGCCCGAUCUCUGUCAUUCUCAUAGACGACAGUUGCUUGUCAUGCUGCAGAAUCAUAACCAGGUACGCGACAUCCGCCGCAGAUGCACCAAAGCGAAGGAGGAGCUUUCGGUGAACAUUUAUCAUCGGCUCAAAUGGAUCAUGUACGUCGAAAACAAGAUGAUGGAAGUGGACAGCAAGCUGGUGAUGUAUAACGAGAGCCUGAAGCGUCUCAGAAGACACCUGGAAGUGCUCCAACAGAUUCACCUGGCCCCGCAGAUGUACAUGAGCGCGGUGGCUGAGGUGGUUCGACGGCGCACUUUCUCGCAGGCUUUCCUCGUUUGGGCCAGCAAUCUGGCGUGCCAACUGUUGACGGUUCACAGCGAGGAACUGUCGCGUAGACGUGAGUUCCAGAACAAAUUUGAUGGACACUUCCUGAAUACGCUUUUCCCGGGUCUGGAGGACACGCCGCCGCCCUUUGCAACGCAAGCACCUUCUGUUUUCGACAACGGAUUACCGAAGCUGACUGCGGACGACAUGGAAUCGUUGAGGUCGCAGCUGCCAGACUUGGCGCAUUCGAUCUCUACGCCGGACCUGAACAGCAUCACGCAGUUUUUCCUGUCAAAGAGUCUCAUCGAAGGCAGCACAGACGGUAACAAAGACAAAGACGCUACGUCCGUUAGCACUGAUAUCCCCGCGAAGGAACAGGAGCGAACUAGAGCACCGUUGCUAUCAGACAGGGGCGGCUUCGAAUCCGAAACGGACACGGAGGAGUUCGAGAAAAUUGGUCAGGCUGGUAUGGCGGACGCGACGAAACCCGGUGUGUUCGAUGGGACGAAGCAGAAGCGUCAGAAGCAAUUGGAGGUUGGUGCCUCUCGAAGCGUGUCCCCCGCUUCCUCGACCUCGACUAACGUCUCCCCGCUAAACUCGAAAGUCGCGGACUUAACGACACGUUCGUCCACGUCGAGCGAACCCGGCUCCUUCCAAUUCCCCAGCCUGUCCGUCGCGAGCGAGCGUCCGGCGCAGCUGAGCCCGCUGACCGAGUGCGUGGAGAACGGCGUCGCCGACACUGCCGGUUGCUUGCUUCACCAUGAUGCGAGCAGUGGCCUCUUGAAAUAUCGCGACGGCCUGCCGCUCGAGGAGACGAAUUCCCUCAGCCCGAAUCCUCCCUCCCUGCCACGGUCCUCUGUGAUGUGCGACGGCCAGCAGCUGCAGCAUCAGCAUCCGCUGUCCGGCAGCGGCGGUAGCAGUCCCUCGGUCGGCGUGGGCGCUACCGACUUCAUGGGUACCGAGUUUUACAUGGACGAAUCCCUGCCGAGCAGCCUCAGCGAGCAUCCCGCCGACGGCCAGCAUCAGGCUAUCGUGUCCCUCCUUCAGGAGAACCUUGGUAACACGCGCGAGGAAGUGGAAAGAUUGCGAUCCAUUUUGAAGACCAUGAAAGCGGUUAUGUCUGAGGCGUUGAGUUCUGUUCGGCACGAACUCGCGAUUCUGCGCGAACAGUCCGACGAAGACAAGAGCAAUCUCGCCGAAAUGACGGAGCGAGUUCGAGUGGCGCUGUCCUUGUACUCGCAGGAAUGCAACCGGCGUCUGCAGGAACGCGAGCAAGAACUGAUGGUCGAUCACGAGCUCGAGCUGGCCGAGAUCAAGAAAGUAAUGCAGAGCCGCGAGGAGGAAAUCGACACGAUCAAGCGUAAUCUUAUGGAGAAGGAAACUGAAUUGGCGGAACACGAGCGACUGGCCGCCACGAUGCGUCAGAAGCUGGAGGACGAACAGAUCGAGUUGGGCAACUUGCAGACCCGUCUGCACCAGCAGCUCGAGAGUGAGCUGGAGCAGGCGCGCAUAGACAAGGAGGAGGCUGUGAAAAAGGCGAACGAUGAAAGAUUUCUCGAGAUCGCGUCUUUGACAAAUUCCUUGACGCAGUGUCAAAAGCGUAUCGAGGAACUCGAGAAAGAUCUGGCCACUGCUCGCAGCGAUCAGGAGAGAAUGGUGCAGGAGGCGACCGACAAGUUCCAGCUAGAAUACAAAACUGAGCUAGAGACGCUCCGGAGUCGCUUCAAACUCAUGGCCGCUUCUACCAUGGAAAGGAGUCCCAGUGAUUGUAGUCUGGAGAAGAUCGAGCGGGCGGAUGUUAUCGAGCUUGCGAAUCAUGAGGCGAUCUUGGCACAAACGAAGGAAGAUAUGAAAUUGGAGAAUGCCGCGGCGCUUCGCACUGCCAUCGAAAAAGAGAGAGCCGAUUGCAUGACAAAAUUGGAUAACGAAUUGAGAGUGGCGACCCAAAUGGUGGAGGAGAAGGACAGAGAGCUGAAGAUGUGCAGGAUGAGAGAAGUCGCACUGAUUGAACGGUAUAAGAACACGAUACGACUACUGACCAAGUCGGAGAACGUGCAUCGGCAAACGUUGAAAGACAAGGUAGAGAUACUCGAGACGGAUAAAACUUGGCGGGAGAACAAACUGGAGAAAAAGCUGCGAGCGAUCCUUGAGAGCGACACCGUUGCCUACGCAGAGUCUGCGGUACACGAAGAUUUUACCUAUGAACGAUUGGACAGCAAUCAAGGCGAUCUGGAGGAAGUACUCAAGGGUGCGGAGAGUGAGAAGUAUGAAGUAGAGGUCUCUGAGUCAAAGAAAGUGCGAUUGGAGGCUGAUGAUGACGAGCUGGCCCGGCUUUCUCGGCGACUCGAGAUCCUCGAGAACGAUAACAAGAGAUUGUCUGCGGAAUUGGUGACGAUUCAUCAGAGUAAAAUUGCGGCCGAAGCGAAAAUGGAGUCUCUGAUGACUGACAAGGUUCGUCUGGAGAUCGAGUUGGUGAAAGAAAGAACCAAGAGGAUCUUUGGCGUCGAUGCAUUGUCAUCAGAGAGUCGCGAUAAGGAGAUGAACGCGUCGGUCGCGGUGGUCUCGGAAUCAAGCUCGGGCUCGAGCCGAGAUGCGGCUACCAGUCCGGAACCGAGCAGACGAUCAUCUUCCAAAUCAUGCUUCCACUCGUCGCAGAUGCGUAAGAAGAUCGAGGAGGGCAUGGCGAAGAUCGCGCAGCUGGGUGUCGUUACUGUCACCAGUUGCAACCCUGGCGAUGUGGUGGUUGUAUUCUGGGAUCCAGCGCACGGUAAUUACGCGGUGUACCAGGAAUCGCCGACGCUGUAUUUCCUCCAUUCGGACUAUGUGGACACGUUGGACGUGAGGAUGAACUCAAAUGGGUCUCGAAAGUGUGUUCUCGCCGAGGUGAUCGAUAAGGAGUAUUGUCACGCGAGAAAGAGGGAGAAUCGGUAUCAUGUUCCGCUCGGCACGAAGUUCUACCGGGUGCGCGUGAAGCCAGUAGCCGACGACACGGGCUCGUUGGCGAAGAGUCAGCUACCGUAAUUUUACGUUCCGACUAAGCGUCGAGAAUCCCUUGAUUCUUGCCUAGUACAAGCGCUGUGAUCGAGGGUUUGCGUCGGAAGGCCGCGCUCGUUAAGGGGACCAGCGACCUGGAAUGCAAAUCCCGAACUUACGUCUCCGCGAACAUCCGGAAACCUCGGAUCUAGGCCAAAACCUGCCAGAGCCUCUAGACGCAUCCUUGAUGUCGAUGAUUUUCAGGAUGAUGGUCCACGGCAAGAGGUAUGCGCAAGUUGGGUAAUAUGGAAAUGAGACGGAAGGAUGCGCCGGCGUUUUAUUGUGAUAUAAGUAAUUUUUAAACGAGUGUGAAACAUAUUUGCCGAAUGCUGUGGUUAGCUGUGAAGCGCGCGCGUAAACGACAUUUGUAUUCAAUUUUCCUUUUUUUUUUUCAUAAACGAGGAGAACAAAAGAGACGUGAAGCGUCGCUGACGAUUCUCUCCUUCGAUGAUUCGAUAAGUUGAUUAUUGUAUGUGUGCUGCAUUGUGUGAGAGAAAAAGAGGAGAUAGGAAGAGAGAGAAUAUGUGUGUAUGUAUAAAUUUAAUUUCUAGACUAUAUAGACACGCGCGAUGCGGAAAGACGAAGACGUGUCCGUUGAAGUAAAAUACAUUUUCUUCUCUCCGCAUUCCGACGAUUAUCUUUGCACUGUAUGAGACAAAACAACGUAGUUGUAAGUUUUACAAAAACCUAUAUAUUGCGGAGAGCACCAGGCUUCACGGUGAAAUCGUAACGUUGAUUAGGAUAAAACUGACCUUUAACCUAGUUAAAUGUUUACGUUUUACUGAAGUCUGGUGCGCGCGCGCGCGAUUUGUAUGUGUGAUAUACAUGCAUAUAUAAUCGCAUUAAAUUAAUUAAUUAAUCAAUUAAUUAUUAUUAGUUAAUAAACACACGCAUCUCUCUAUAUAUGAAUGUAUAUACAUAUACCGUUGCAAUACCUGCGUACGAAAAUCUCAUAGGUCCUAAGGCGGGGCUAAGAUUUUGUAAAGUGAAACGGAAAAAAAGCAGAGUCUCGUAAUCGUGUUGUGCAAUUUUGCAGCAAGGCAUACCUAGCACCGUUAGAUCCUCUAUUUAUACGAAGAGAUUGUGUCGCGCGAUUACUUCCGACGAUUCUCUCGACGAUGCCUCGCGAGUCUUAACAGUCUUCGUCGCGAGUCGCCCUCUCGUUCCUUUUCACAGCGGACGAACGCGCUUUCGUUUCUCUCUUCUUUCGUAUCCACCGCUGUCUCCUCGUAGUGACGAGUUUGGGAGGUAGGUGCAUAUAUGUAAGUUUCGAUGUGUUUCAUUUCGGUGUGAAAGGAACUUUAAGCUACGCAGUGAGGGGGAAUGUAUGUACUUCUUCAAUCUCUCCUUCGUAUGCAGUUCUCGAGCGUUAGUUGAAGCAGUCGGAGAAUCGACGUGAGACGUACCUCCGCGUAGAACGAAUUUUAUAAAUAUACGUGUACACACACACACACACACACCCACACACAUAUAUUCUAUAUAUAUAUAUAUAUAUAUAUAUAUAUAUAUAUAUAUAUAUAUAUAUAUGUGUGUAUAUAUAUAUAUAUAUAUAUUAUACCCUUUUCUAUCGUUUGAUUGGUAUGUCCAUGCCGCCACCACCGUCAGUAUGCUCGACGGCACACGCGAUGGGUGGCUUGCGGAGCGUCGCUCUGUGGUAAGCUCCUUCAGUUUGCAGCAUUAACUUGUAAACCACUAAGCAUCGCUACUACCUAUCGUUUUCCGCGACACGUAAGACACUCAUAGUACAGUACAAUAGCUGUGAUCGUUAGCUUGACGUUUUCACUUCUACUUAGUCGUUAAUUAAACUUAAUUCCUUCUUGCGAUGUCGCGCGACGAGACUCGCGCCCUUCUGCCGUUCUGCCGACGGGGGUGUUAUCUCCUUUCCUGUACCCUGAGGAAGAACGGAGACAGCGAAGAGCGCGAGACCGAAUCUUCCCGAGGCACCAGAGGCGACGAUUUCCAAAUGGUGCAGAAACUUGGAACGUCGCUGACAGACGGUUCACAAAAUAUGCUGAUACGUAAGAUAAACUGUUCGGUAGGCUUCUCUCAAGGGGAGGACGCGCCUGCUUUUGGCGUGUCGCGGAGUAGAUAACCGCGUAAUAAUCACCCCUUCGUCUCUUCGACUUGAACGCAUACAUGCACGCAAGACAAUGGACCUUCGAUACUCAUCCCCGAAGACCAGCCGACCAAUUAACCAAUCAACCAACAGACAGACAGACAGACAGACGGAUCGACAGAUGAGCAUCUGCUUUCACCCUCGGAAGCACCGUUUCUCCUCUCACCGUCGCCGGCGAAUUCAUCGUUCGGCUGUGCGAAGUCGCGCACGGAGGCGACGAGCUCCUCUCUACGUCGAGGUGACGCGAUCGGCUGCGUCACAGAAGAAACGAUGACAAUACGAGCAACGCGUUUUACUGCCACCACGACGACGAGAGAUCGCAACUCGAUCUCAGUUCGAAUCGUCGUCGUAGAAUCGAUCUCCGUAUGACUUCUGUGCUUGGUUCACACGCGCACACCCGCGGUUCCUACUAGACCAGACUCUCAAUAGCUUCAAUAGUUGAUCGCCCGGAAGAGGACACCUUCCGGGCGCGUGUGGCGGCCCAGAUAUCACUUCGAAAGCAAAGUAUCUCCUUUUUUCCUCUAUUUUCCUGAUAAACUUCGCUCGCUGUCGCGUGCCCCCACCCAUCGCUCUCUUCUUUAGACACGUUUGCAAGUUGGUGAGCCAAUGAUCCUCUUUAUCGCGCACGUCUGGACGCAAACAGUAAAUCUGAUCGAUUCCCGUACGAAACAGAGCGGAAUUUGUUUGCGACAUACAUACCAUCCGCACUUCCAUUGCACUCGCGGAAGUUGAGUCGUUAUUGUCGGCUGAAGUCAAACUUCAGGCUACAUUCGAGCUAUGUAACUAAGCCUAAUCUACAAUGUGUUCUUUGCUUCCUGCUUCUUGUUUUUUGUCUUUUUCUGUCUUAAGCCUGAUUUACAAUGUGCUCUUUGCUUCCUGUUUCUUAUUCUCUGUCUUUUCUUUAGUUUAAGGUUUGAGUCAGAAAAAGACAGAAGAAAAAACAGAACGCAAACUGCAUAUUGUAGAUCAGGCUUUAGGAUUUGGGUCAGAAAGAGAUAAAGAGAAAGAAACAGGAAGCAAAGGACAUAUCGUAGAUUAAGCUUUAUAUCUGGAGAAAAGAGAAAGAAAGAAAGAUAGUCGAGGAGUUUGUCACUACCAACACGUGUGUAUGUAUAUAGGUGUGUCUCCACGCGAUAACGUGAUAUUAAUUAAUUCGCACCUUAGAAGAAUCGGCGAGGAGGAGGCUUUCACUGCAACAUCGACGGCGGUUAGUCGAUGUUGCAAGCCGCACCUUCGCCAAGAGCCUCGAGAAUUCACCCGCGUAAAUGGCCGUCUACGUUACAGUGGAGUAAGUUUGGCACAAGAAACAAGGGUAGAAAUAAGAAACAACAUUAACUUAUUUCGCUUGCGCCUAUACUCCAGCUCCCUUGCGCUGAAAAUAUCUUUGUAUAGCAUAUUUCGGUGUAAAGAAGUUUAAACGCGUAUAUAAGUGAAAUAAAUUAGCUACAUUUCUCACUGUUGUUCUUACUUCAUACGUUGAGCUUAUUUCAUGUAUCGUAGACGAGUCUUAACGUGCAGCUACAGUUAACAAUCCUUUCGCGCCACCUUGGCACCGGAUAAAGGAAGCGGCGGUGCUUUGAAGCAAGCAAGUAAAUCAAGCGAAAAAGCUCGUGAUCGACUAACUCCAAUUUUUCGUCCCUAUAGAGGAUACUUUAAAGAGAUUAUCUCUUGUUACUCGAGAUAUUUUUAUCGGUGGGAGAGGCGGAGGAAGGUUUGCGCGUAUAAUUGCGAUUAGAUGAUUAGUCGGGCUGUAAUAAGCUUCGCUGAGUUAUUAUCAGUCGGCUCCCGUAGACAAUGUAUAUUACAGCCCUAUUUUGAUUUCGACGAAUCGUGAGAACCUGAAUAUCAAAGCAAUGUGCCUGUGUAUCGUAUAAGUGUAUCACUCACACCGGAACGCUCGUGUGCCCGAUCGAGGGGGCGAUCGAUCUUGCUCUCGGCUGGAAGUACUCGCUGGAACGGCGCUCCACACUAAGGACGAUUCAGGACAGUCGCGCGAGUGUCCUGUAAUUUCGUACCGUUGUUAAAACUCACCCUCGCGCAGUAGCUAAUCGCGUAAGAUAAAUUAAAAGAGACGAAGGAAAAAGAGAAAAAAAGAAGAAGUUUUCCGACAAAAUGGACCAGCAUCGGCGACUUUUUCAAGUACGACCUUUUAGACUAAUGAAGCGCGAGUUAUAGAGAGGCUUCGCGUUUUUAUCCUCGUAGCGACCCUUAAUUAGCGAGGUUUGCUUUCCUCGUACGCUUAUGUGAACGAAGAGUGAAAGGCAUCCAGAAAGAAUUGGAGCUUUGUUUUGUAUUCGGCUACGAUAGAUCUCUCCUAAAUAAACUGAAUUUGUAAGGUCAGUGUUUUGCGAUUAAGAUUAGAUUGUAACACUGUAGGAGUUAUUGGCUUCGGAAGUGAACUGUAUGAGCAAAACGUCUGUUCUUGUUAACUGAACUGAUGCAAUAAGUUAGAGCGAAAUAAAAUAUAUUUGUCUCGCUCUGGCUUGUUUUACCGGUGCGGUCGAGACGGUUCAGCUAAAAAGAACAGAUCUGAAGUGUUGUCGAAAUUGGUCCGCGGUAUCUCCCAAUUGAUUUUACGAUCAGCGACUCAAUGGCAAUUGAUUUUUACUAUCAAAUUAGAUUAAAUUAACGUAAAAGAAGAAGAGGAACGCGCGAACGGUGCGUAUUAAAUUGGACGAAGCUUGCGUUUUAUAAUCGGAAAGGUUGCAACGGCGCGAGAUCAGCCGCUGAUCGGGGAGGUAAGGAUACCGUUUUCGCGAUCCGCUUCAAGGAUCACGCGAUCCAUAGUCGCGAAUGCAUAAUAUAAAUCAGUAUAUGAGCUCGGCUGUGCGACAGCUCGUCAUGACUCGAGAACUGGUCCUAUCCUGCUCCAUUGCGUACGUGAAUCGACGCCGAAGGGAAUCGUCGAAAUCCCGUCAGCGCGCGCGCGCUUAUCACUUCGGCGACACCUUCAUGUCGCAUUAUCAUUUGGAUCCUUCAUCCUGACCAGCCUGCGAUCGCGCGGACGAGCUUCGCAACCGUUCCGUACGUGCGUCCCGUUACGAGCGCGCGCGCACGCACUCGUAAGAGAUACAACUAAGGAGGAUAAUGCACACGUGUAAUCGAGAAAGUGUAAUGCAUAGGUACACGCAUUAUAAUAAAAUAAUAUUGCAUAACAUACAUAACAAUUGUGAUCGUGAGAGUAUCUGUUACGAAUAAAUCAAUUACAAAUAAAUCAUGUGACUUUUUUCCAGCUACGUU